GUCUCUUGCUCCUUGUCCUCUUACCAUCAUGGCUCCCGUCCGACUCCGUCAUCCCAAGGGCACAUCUACCAUAUCCAUCCCUUUUGACGAUGAAUCAUACACCGUCCAGGAUCUCCAGCAAGAAAUACGAAAAGUCACCGACAUCCUUCCGUCCCGUCAAAUAUUGAAGCACGGGUACCCACCGCGGGGUUUAACGUUGAUUGGAGAAUUACCAGUUUCCAGUCUGGGACUUACUCGUGGUGAUCAGCUCAUUGUCAGUGAAGAACCAGGACAUGCACCCGACCGACCGCGGCCAUCCCCAUCAGCGAACACUGCGUUUAAGUCGGCGCCGUCUACCAGAAAUUCAUCCAUACCUAUCAUACCUGCAUCCCCGCCAGCUGCUGCAAACACGUCAGAAAAUGUACCGACAGAAGGAGGUUAUCUUAUACAUCGCGUCGUUCCCGAUGAUAACUCCUGUCUCUUUUCUUCAGUCGCUCUUAUUUUCGAACAGGACAUCGCUAAAGCCCCACAAAUGCGUCAAAUCGUCGCCGAAGGUAUUAGAGCAGACGCGGAGACAUACAAUGAAGCUAUUCUAGGGAGGCCUCCUGCUGAUUAUAUAUCCACGAUUCUUAAACCCUCAACAUGGGGAGGUGCUAUUGAGCUAGGCAUCCUUGCAGCCCACUAUAAAACCGAAAUAUGCUCUAUCGAUGUGGAGACUGGCCGGGUCGAUCACUUUCCUCCUGGCCCGCAUGGCAGUGGAACGAGAUGUAUACUUAUUUACUCAGGAAUUCACUACGAUGCAGCUACGUUGGCGCCGAUGUUGGAAGCGCCCGCUGAAUGGCAUCAGACCGUGUUUCCCGUGUCAAGUGCAGAUGAUUCCGACAGUAUAUUGGUUGCGGCCAAAAAGCUGACAGAUUCUUUACGGGCGAAAAAGGCCUUUACCAAUACGUCGACGUUUGACCUGAAAUGCGAACAAUGUGGUCAAGGUUUGAAAGGCGAAAAAGGCGCUCGUGCUCAUGCGGAAGAGACUGGACAUGUACGAUUUGGAGAAUAUUAAACAACUUUAUGACUUGCAGGAACAUGUUUAGCCCUGGCCAGAAGCUUAUCACUUACAGGCUUUCUAGCGAAUGUUCUGCAAGGAGUUUGAUAGCCUCGGGCUCCUUUGUAAGAAUCUUCUUCCAGAAUAAACUCCUUUG